CACGCAUGCGCGUGAAAAUUUCGCCGGAGAAGCGUGUUCUUCCGUUUCCUAUCCUCCCGUCGCCCUUUCGCGUUCCUUCUCUUUGAAAACAAGGCGCAAACAUGGCUGAGGCAGAUGAGACUCAGAAGAAGAAGAGGACCUUCAGGAAGUUCACCUUCCGAGGGGUGGAUCUUGACCAACUCCUGGACAUGCCCAACGAGCAGCUGAUGGAUUUGAUGCACGCGAGAGCACGUAGGCGCUUCUCUCACGGCCUGAAAAGAAAGUCCAUGGCCCUUGUCAAGAAGCUGCGCAAGGCGAAGAAGGAGACUCCGCCCAACGAGAAGCCCGAGAUCGUCAAGACGCAUUUGCGCAACAUGAUUAUCGUUCCGGAAAUGGUUGGCUCGAUCGUUGGCGUGUACAAUGGCAAGACUUUUAACCAAGUUGAGAUCAAACCCGAGAUGAUCGGUCAUUAUCUCGGGGAGUUCUCCGUUACAUACAAACCUGUUAAACACGGUAGACCUGGUAUCGGUGCUACCCAUUCUUCGCGAUUUAUUCCAUUGAAGUAAAAUGUAUUUCUACUAAUAAAUUAUCAAAAGUGUAACUAA